CACAGCCCGAAGAUCAGACCUACACAGCAGCGUGUAUAUCCCUGCGGAACAUCUGGAUUAUUACUUUUGCGCUCGAACAGCUCAGGAGAAAUUAAGGAGAAAUUCCCCUCAAGUGACAGUGGGCUAGCCCACUCGGUUUGGCGACAAGUGUCAGCGGAGGCGCCAUAUAAACAGCAGAAUCAAAGCCUGAAGAAGUCGCGGUGCACUCGGUUCGGAACCGGCGGAAAGUACCAAGCUGAGUUCACCGGUCUGAGCCGCACUCCACCAUGCAAUCGGCACAGUCUCUCGAGAAGAUGGAUACUCGGAGCGUCCAGAAUAUACUUCAGAAUUCAGGCCCCCUCGAAGCCCACGUCAAUAGAGCGCGUGAAGCCACAACAGCAAGAGAAAUCAAAGAUAUAAUUGAAAAUGCCGUGGAAUCUCCACAGGUUCUGGUCUUCGGGGAACUCCUCGACUUGCCAUCCGUGAAACAAUUAAGGGAGACCGAGUACGCAGAUCACUUCAGACUUCUCGAGCUUUUCGCUUACGGGACCUUCAGAGACUAUCAGAGAGAUCAAAAUCCGUAUCCACAACUGAGCGAGGCCAUGAUCAAGAAACUCCGGUAUCUGACGGUAGCAUCGCUUGCCUCGCGCUCUCGAUCUUUGCGGUAUUCAGAGCUGCUCACCGAGCUUGGUCUCUCGACUCGACGAGAGCUAGAAGAUCUCAUUAUCGAAGCAAUGUAUGCCCGAAUCGUCACUGGGAAACUCGAUCAACGCAGCGCAAGUCUCGAAGUGGACCGUGCCUUGGCCAGAGACGUUUCCGAAGAUUUAUCUGCCGUCAGUCGAGUACUGGAAAAUUGGAGCGCCAGUUGCGAAGCUACGUUAGAAGCGAUCGAGAAGGAGUGUGAGAGAUCGUCGAGGCUGAAAAACCAAUAUCAAGAAAGAUUGAACGCUUUGGAAACCCGCGUGCUAUCCCUGAGAGCGGCAAACAACGACGAAUCAGAGGAGCAGCCUGCUUCAAAACAUAAGGUUCGAGUGAAAAUGUAGACCUUCGUGAUCGAGGCAAGAAUAAAAGCAUUUUAAGA